AAACAAACCUGACUUGGCUUUUACUUCUUAAACCAGCGCCGGAUUUGGGAUUUACACCGCCAUAUCUGGGAAUACUGCGCAGGGAUUUUUUCGUACCAUGGCGAACUCUUGUCUGCAGCUGUGCGGCUUCGUGCUCAGCUGCCUGGGCUGGAUCGGCACAGUGAUCGCCACGGCCACCAACGACUGGGUGUUUCUCUGCAAAUACAGCCUGGUAAUCUGCCGGAAAAUGGAAGAGCUGGGUAUCAAGGGGCCGUGGUCCGAGUGCUUCUUCUCCAGCGGAGUCUACCACUGCACUCCCUUCUCGCAGAUCCUCGAACUGCCCGUGUACAUCCAGAUGACUCGCGCCCUGAUGGUCACGGGUUCGAUCCUGGGCCUGCUGGCCGUUGGGCUCCUCCUUAUGUCCAUGCCUUGCAUCCGCCUGGGCAACGAGGAUACGGCUUCGAAGAACAGGCGCACAGCCGUCGGUGGCAUCUUCGUCUUCAUAGUGGGCGUGUGUGGGUCAGUGUCCACCGUGUGGUUCCCCAUCGGCGUGCACCCCAGCGAAAGCCUGAUGUCUUUCGGCUUCUCACUGUACGCUGGAUGGGCGGGCGCGGUUCUGUCUUUAUUGGGCGGAGCCAUCCUGAUGUGCUGCUCUUCCUCGUCAUCCCGACAGUACAGGGACGGCAAGAACCUGUACUACUCCAAGGCGGGUAUGGAAGCCGCCAAACCCACCUCAUCCACCCAUGCAAAGAGCGCCCAUGUCUGAGUGGGUCGAAGGUGGACUGAUACGAGUUUCUAUUAAUCAACUUUUGUUGUUUUUAAUUUUUUUACAAAUAGAAAUCGCACGAAUGUUGAGAGUCGCUGAGCCACGUUUAGACCCGCAGUGAUAUUUGCAUAUGUGACAGCAUACAGUAUGUGUAUAUAUGUUAGGGCUGUCAAAAUUAUCGCGUUAACGGGCGUUAAUGAAUUUUUUAAAUUAAUCACGUUAAAAUAUUUGACGCAAUUAACGCAGAUGCCCCGCUCAGAGAGAUUUAAAUGACAGUACACAGUGAAACGCUCACUUGUUGUGUUUUAUGGAGUUUUGCUGCCCUCUGCUGGCGCUUGGGUGCAACUGAUUUUAUAGGCUUCAGCAUCCAUGAGCAUUGUGUAAGUAAUUAUUGACAUCAACAAUGGCGGGCUACUAGUUUAUUUUUUGAUUGAAAAUUUUACAAAUUUUGUUAAAACGAAAACAUUAAGAGGGGUUUUAAUAUAAAAUUUCUUUAACUUGUACUAACAUUUUUCUUUUAAGAACUACAAGUCUUUCUAUCCAUGGAUCGCUUUAACAGAAUGUUAAUAAUGUUAAUGCCAUCUUGUUGAUUUAUUGUUAUAAUCAACAAAUAGUCCUUAUGUACCGAAUGUUGAAUGUAUAUAUCCAUCUUGUUUCUUAUCUUUCCAUUCCAACAAUAAUUUACAGAAAAAUAUGGCAUAUUUUAUAGAUGGUUUGAAUUCCAAUUAAUUGCGAUUAGUUACGAUUAAUUAAUUUUUAAGCUGUAAUUAACUCGAUUAAAAAUUUUAAUCGUUUGACAGCCCUAAUAUAUGUAUACCAUAUUUUCCAGACUAUAAGUCGCACUUUUUUUUGUUGUUGUUGUUGUAAUUUCGCCGGAACUGUGACUGAAAAUCUACUCUACUCGACUACUACUACUUAUUUUUUGAAUAAAUGUUAACAUUUCGGUUUCCAGCCUCACUUUAAUCAUAUUCAUUUUUUGGUUUCAGCCAAAAAUAUUCCCUUUGGUGCAUCCCUAGUUAAUAUGUUAUGAUAAUAGAUGUCUAUUGAACCUGUUUGUCUUCCUUUUAUUGUUGUUACUAUAAUAUUUUUUUCUUUUCUUUCUUUCUUUCUUCUUCCCCCAAAAAUGCAAUUUAUCCUCCAGAGCGAUAUGUGAUCUGUUUUUCUUUCAUUGAGCAUUUUUUGGCCGGUGUGACUUAUAGUCCAAAAAUGACGGUAGAAUUAUUAACGUGCAGUUUAAUUCGUUCUUAGGUCAUUUAGCACAAACACCGAAUCAGUAUUCUGAGACUGGCUAUUUAUUGUUUGUAUGUACUCUUUUGAUUUUCUACAAUAAACA